UUGAUGCAGUGUGCAGGGUCUGGGCAAGUCUAGACUUGAAUGCAGCAGUUCUUAUUGCUCACUUACCACUAGUCACCACUAAAGAACAAAGAAUAUGAAUAGGAAAUUCAUAAAAGAAGAGAUACCGAUGGCCAUUGAAGAUAGGAAAAGAGUUCUGCCUACGUGGUAAUCAAAGAGAUGCAGAUGAAAACAAAAACGAUGCCUUUUGCACCUACCAAAUUUGUCAAGAUUAAAAAGAAAGCAAAGACCCUGCGUCAGCUGAUGUUCAUACCUGCUCCUGCUCCACAGCUUGCUAACGCUCUGCCUGCUCCGCACUCCAGGCCCGCCUCCACGGCACAGCCAGGGAAGAAAAAUCAGAAGACCAGGACCUCCAGAGCCUCAAAGACAGACCUCUAAAGUUUAAAAAGGUGAAGAAAGAUAAGAAAGAAGACAAAGAGGGCAAGCAUGAGCCUCUGCAGCCAUCAGGCCACCACUCUGCUGAGCCCGCAGAGGCCGGCAAAGCAGAGACAUCAGAAGGGUCGGGCUCUGCCCCCGCCGUGCCAGAAGCUUCUGCCUCCCCCAAACAGCGGCGCUCUAUCAUUCGUGACCGGGGGCCCAUGUAUGAUGACCCCACCCUGCCCGAAGGUUGGACACGAAAGCUUAAGCAAAGGAAAUCUGGCCGCUCCGCUGGGAAGUAUGAUGUAUAUUUGAUCAAUCCCCAGGGAAAAGCCUUUCGCUCUAAAGUGGAGUUGAUUGCGUACUUCGAAAAGGUAGGCGACACAUCCCUGGACCCUAAUGAUUUUGACUUCACGGUAACUGGGAGAGGGAGCCCCUCCCGGCGAGAGCAGAAACCACCUAAGAAGCCCAAAUCUCCCAAAGCUCCAGGGACUGGCAGAGGUCGGGGACGCCCCAAAGGGAGUGGCACCACGAGACCCAAGGCGGCAGCGUCAGAGGGCGUGCAGGUGAAAAGGGUCCUGGAGAAAAGUCCUGGGAAGCUCCUCGUCAAGAUGCCUUUUCAAGCUUCGCCAGGGGGCAAGGCUGAGGGGGGCGGGGCCACCACAUCCGCCCAGGUCAUGGUGAUCAAGCGCCCUGGCAGGAAGCGAAAAGCCGAGGCCGACCCCCAGGCCAUUCCCAAGAAACGGGGCCGAAAGCCAGGGAGUGUGGUGGCGGCCGCCGCCGCCGAGGCCAAGAAGAAAGCCGUGAAGGAGUCUUCCAUCCGGUCCGUGCAGGAGACCGUGCUCCCCAUCAAGAAGCGCAAGACCCGGGAGACGGUUAGCAUCGAGGUCAAGGAAGUGGUGAAGCCCCUGCUGGUGUCCACCCUCGGCGAGAAGAGCGGAAAGGGACUGAAGACCUGCAAGAGCCCUGGGCGGAAAAGCAAGGAGAGCAGCCCGAAGGGGCGCAGCAGCAGCGCCUCCUCGCCCCCCAAGAAGGAGCACCACCACCACCACCACCACUCAGAGCUCCCGAGGGCCCCUGCGUCGCUGCUUCCGCUCCCGCCCCCGCCCCCGCUAGAGCCGGAGAGCUCUGAGGACCCCACCAGCCCCCCAGAGCCCCAGGACUUGAGCAGCAGCGUCUGCAAAGAGGAGAAGAUGCCCAGAGGAGGCUCACUGGAGAGCGACGGCUGCCCCAAGGAGCCGGCUAAGACUCAGCCCGCGGUCGCUGCCGCCGCCACAGCCGCAGAAAAGUACAAACACCGAGGGGAGGGAGAACGCAAAGACAUUGUUUCAUCCUCCAUGCCAAGGCCAAACAGAGAGGAGCCUGUGGACAGCCGGACGCCCGUGACCGAGAGAGUUAGCUGACUUUACACAGAGCGGAUUGCAAAGCAAACCAACAAGAAUAAAGGCAGCUGUUGUCUCUUCUCCUUAUGGGUAGGGCUCUGACAAAGCUUCCCGAUUAACUGAAAUAAAAAAUAUUUUUUUUUCUUUCAGUAAA